AUGGCUAGGCCUUGUGGAAAGACAGAUAGAAGUAUCAUUGUCGACACCGAUAGUUUUGGUAAUGGGCAUCUUCAGUUAUUGAGUUCUUGGGCGGAAGUAUAUCGCAAAAUUGGAUUCUUUCGCACGUAUAUAGGGAUAUAUCCUGUUGUCAUAAUUUAUAAAGCUGAAAUUUUAGAGACAAUUUUAAGCAGCAAUGUGAACAUUUAUAAAGACAAAGGAUAUCGAUUUCUUAACGUCUGGCUUAAGGAUGGAUUAUUUACGAGCUCUGGAUCGAAAUGGCGAGCCAGAAGAAAACUUCUUACUCCUUCGUUUCACUUUAAAAUUUUGGAAGACUUUUUCCCAAUUUUCAAUGAUCAUUGCUCAGUUAUGUUAGAUAUAAUGAACAAUUGCGUUGACCACGAUUGGGUUGAUAUCGUACCGAUUAUCACUAGAUGCAAUCUAGAUAUUAUCUGUGAAACAGCAAUGGGUGUAAAAUUAAAUUCACAAAUUUGUCAAGACAGAGGAUAUAGAAGUAAUUUGGAAAGUCUAGUGCAAAACUUAAAUAAAUUUUCGAAAAUAACUAAUGGAACUGAUUCAUUUCUAAGCGGCAAGAUGAUAUGAAACAUGAAGAACUAAACCACAAUGUAAAUCAAUUAAAGGAAAACUAUUACUCUUACC